CGGAGAAUCUUCGCGGUCGCCAUUAGCCGCCGGACUGGGGUGAACUGCUGAGCGCGUGCGGGCGGUGUGUCAGUGACGGGGGAGGAGCGCGCGCGGCGGGAUGCGCUGCUGCGGUGCAGCAGCCGGCUCUUCGGACUUAACCCGGACUCCAAAGUGAACGCAUUCAUCAUCAUCAUUCUUCUUCUUCCUCCUCUUAUUAUUAUUAUUAUUAUUAUUAUUAUUAUUAUUAUUAUUAUUAUUAUCUAUUUUGCCAAUAAUUCACAAAAUCUCUGCUUUAAUGCAUAGUUAACAGGUGUAACCGCAACGAGAAUUCAACCAAUGGAAACGGUUUGGUGAAGCUUUUAUUCUGCGCUUCAAGAAAACAGUAGGACCAGAGACGAGAAUACAGUUUUUUAACUGGCAGACGAGGUUUUUAAUAAAAAAAAAACUCAGUGGCAUGAUCAAUAGUAAAAAGUAUAUUCUUUAGGACUUUUUUUCUCAAAAGCAGCCAUCUCCCGUUCUGAGGUGCUCCAUGGUCAACAUAAAUCUUGUCUGAAUAUCCCGUGACUGAAGUCUUCUAGCAAUUCUCAAGGUAAGCUUGAAGGUCAGUACUAAGGCUAAGGUUAACACCUGGCCCCAGUACAAACAGCAAAUUCCCCUUAACAUCCCGGCUGGCAUCUUGGCCAUCAACAGGAAGCUGCAGUGAUGGGAGGCUAGAGAACGUGUUUCUCCGUAUGCACAUCUCAGACAUGAAUGUCUCCUGCCAGGGGCCAGAGAUGCUGAUGUUUCUCCAGAUGACUGAGUCUCAGCCAAACUCUAGCUGCAAAAUGGAGGCCACUCCCUGCAACGUGAGCGUGGAGAGCGGCCAGCUGCGGCUGCCCACGUUCUCCAUGGCCGCCAAGGUGCGUGUGAUCCUCACGUUCAUCCUCUGCACCAUCUCCGCUGUGUGCAACCUGGCCGUGCUCUGGGCCGCCAGUGCCAACAAGCGCAAGUCACACGUGCGGACGCUGGUGAUGCACCUGAGCGCCGCCGACCUGCUGGUGACGUUCAUUGUGAUGCCGCUGGACGCCGUGUGGAACAUCACCGUCCAGUGGCUGGCUGGGGACGCCGCCUGCCGCCUCCUCAUGUUCCUCAAGCUGCUGGCCAUGUACUCCAGCGCCUUUGUCACCGUCGUCAUCAGCCUGGACCGCCAGGCCGCUAUCCUCAACCCCCUGGCCAUCAGCGAGGCCCGCAGAAAGUGCAAGAUCAUGCUGGGCGUCGCCUGGCUGAUGAGCGCCGUACUCUCCAUCCCACAGAUCUUCAUCUUCCACAACGUGACCAUUACGGUUCCGCAGACGUUCACACAGUGCACCACGCGGGGCAGCUUCCAGAGGCACUGGCAAGAAACCCUUUACAACAUGUUCACCUUCACCUGUCUCUUCCUCCUGCCCCUGGUCAUCAUGAUCUUCUGCUACACCAGGAUCCUUGUGGAAAUCUCCAAGGGAAUGAGGAAGGGCAAUGUGUCUUCUGCGGAGGUCCAUCUUCGCCGCUCGAAGAACAACAUACCAAAAGCACGAAUGAGGACUUUAAAAAUGAGCAUCGUCAUAGUGUUGACCUUCAUCAUCUGCUGGACCCCUUACUACCUGCUGGGUCUGUGGUACUGGUUCUCCCCCGAUGACCUGGAGGAGACCGUCUCACACUCGAUGAGCCACAUGCUCUUCAUCUUCGGCCUCUUCAACGCCUGUCUGGAUCCCAUCAUUUAUGGACUCUUCACCAUUCACUUCCGCAAGGGCCUCAAGCGAUGUUGUCGCGGCGCGGCCGGCGUGGCCGGCUCGGAGGCGCCCUCGCCCGUAACGGGCUCCGUCAGGCGCUCACCUUCCCUCCCUAUGAAGAGACGACCCCCCGGAGGCCUCACCCAGGUGGGGGACAGCGGGAAGAAGAAUGAGAAGGCCUGCCACCAGGGGGCGUGCGGUAUAGAGCAGGAGCGAUGAUGGUACAGAGCUGGGCUACCUUGCAGUAAGGAUGGAUGGAAACCAGUUCCAGCCUGGACCUCAGUCUGGGGCUGGUGACAGUCAGGGCGGAACGGGACGUAAACCAAGUAUUCAGCGGCUGGAUCCUUUCUGCUGUAUUCCUGUGCCCCUACUCAGCCUCUACUGAUUUAGCACAAAUAUAUAUGAUGAAAACCCUGAAGAUUCUAAGAAAUGUUGUUAUGUUGACUGUCAAGGUUUAACAUGGGCUGGUCUCUCUGGGAUAAAGAAAGACCAAAAAAGACAUUGAACCGCCAUUGAACAUCCAUGAAACGGCUGCAGGUGAAUGAAGGACUUGUCACCUGAUUGCGGGUCUCCAUGGGUCAUCCUUGCCCUCUCCUCUCUUAAAAAUAAAAAGAAAAUUUCAUUUAUUUCAUUGUGAGAAGACAUAAACAUUAUGUAUGACGUGAAGUAACCCAACAAAAUGGGAUUGACAGGAGGUGCUAUUCUGUUGAGUAGCAUAGUACUUGCACAAACUGUUUCUUUGUAAGGAGAGUGGCAUGCUGGGGUAAGGUGAGGCGCUUCAUCUGCUCCUGUGUCAUGCGGCACGUGGGUGACAGCGAGAUGGCGUUAGUCUCAGGGAAAUUACUGUGCACGCCACCAUAUUCUCUGCAGAGCAGUGCUGCAGCUGGAGACGGAAACUGUAAAGUGUGACGCUCUGUCGCGUCCCCCGGUACCGUCCUCAUCCUCCUUCCGUCGGCCGACCCGGUACAGCAGCUCUUCCUCUCUCUGGUUCCAGGCCCAUCCCACAUGGCAGAACUUCCUAUGGCGUGAAGGCACUUUGAUUCUGAAGACUUGGCAGUAAUAAUGCGGUCAAGCUUAUGUGAAAAGUAGCAGAGUGUGAUGAUUAAGGCGGGGGGGGCAUACUGAGCCCCUUUAGCAGAACCACUCGAAACGGGCUGGACUGAAGUAGCACCCAGCACAUCAUCAUGAUGAGCCAGCCCUGCUUUACCUGCCAGCAAUGACUAGGAUGACAGGUACAGAUCAGUACUAGGUAUGAGCUUCACAAGGACUUUCCUGGAAGCCUUCUUUACAUCAUCCAUAGCAGGGAUGGUCACCAGGCGCUGUGAGGAUAGUCCAGAUGCCAUUGUCAUUGCGUCAGCACUCGACAUUUGUGCUAAAUGUUUAGGUAUUCCUACACCCAAUGCACAAGUGGAAUGAAGAACAUUUACAGAUUUUUACUUACUGCAUCCUAUAAUAAGUUAUUCAGUUCUAUUUUGCAUGUGCUGGUGUUUCAAGUAACAGUGUAUAAUAAAAACAAUGUGAAAUAUACAUAGUAUCAUUUUAAGUGA